UCCACGAACCGCGAAGGGUCAAUCGGACCGUCACGUCUGGAUUUCGUAUCAUUAUGUUUCAAACCGCGACGCCAGACAAAGCGAUUGCCUUUACUCAACGCUGCGUGGCAUUGACCUACUGCUGGCCGCCACCGUUGGGAGCUACGAGGUCCCAGAUCCUUUUGUACAAGGUCUUAAGGAUCAUGGGGCUCGUCAAUGGUUUAGUACUACUUGUUCCAUUGUUGUACGCGUUGCACGUGUACCGCAACGAUAUUGAGAUCCUGACGAAGGCUGUGGUCAUGGUCGCGGCCAUCUCUCAAGUCCUUUCUCAAACGAUGCUCUGUGCGACACAAUAUGAUCGGUACCAGCGAUUGAUCGAACACAUGCGACUUUAUUGCAAGGCAGCGAACUCGUCCGAGAGACAGAUCCUUCAAGAGUACGUCGGCAAGUACGCCACGUUUUACGGGUUCUCGGCCACUGGAUUUUACGGAGUGGCGUUCAUCCUCGUCUUCGGCACACUUUUCGUAUCCGAUCCGUUCCCGACCAACGCCGAAUAUCCGUUCUUCGUCGAUUUCGAACCGCUUAAGAGCAUCAUUUUCCUCCACCAAGCUCUCGCCGGCUUGCAGUGCUCCGCUCACUUGUGCAUGAACAUGUUCUGUGCUUUACUCUUACUAUUCGCUGCGGCGCAAUUUCAAAUAUUGGCUGCUGAAAUGGUCGACAUCGACGGGAUCCGGUCGCUCGUUAAAUGCGUAAAGAAGUACCGGAUAGUAAGAGGGUACGCGAUUGAAGCUGCUCGAGGGAUGCGAGUUGUGGUAAUAAUCACGUACACGUUUGUGAUGCUGUCGUGCGCGUUCAGUGGUGUCACCAUCAUUGGUGGGGCAUCGUUCAACAUAAAAAUGCAGUCGCUUCUGUUGCUCAGCACCGGACUUUUGGAGGCCUUCAUGUGCGCAUUGCCAGCUGAUCAUUUAAUGGAAAUGAGUGAAAGAGUCAUGCAAGGGGCAUACGAAUCGAAAUGGUACAUGCGACCACUGGACGUGCAGAAGUGCUUACUGUUCAUGACGAUUCCUCGACCCCCAGUGGUACUGAGUAUCAAGUGUAUCAUGCCUGCGCUAUCGCUGAAUUAUUUCUGCUCGUUCGUAUCAAACAUAUUCUCUAUAUUCACGGCCCUGCGGGUCACUUUGAUGCGAGAUGAAGAGGACUAAAUAUUCAACCGAACGCGUUCUUACGACUAAUUAAAUACAAUAUUAUAUCCCCAAUAGUCGACGUACCGAGUCCAUGCUCGAAUCAAAUAACACAGAAUGCAAUAUUUUAACUAAUGUAUAUUAAUAUUCAAAUAGGUGCUGGGUUAAUACAUAUGCGUAUUCAGUCAUAAUACCUUGGGAACAUAAACUAAAACUACUCGUAUAUAUGCAAGGUGUCGUUGGUCACGACAGGCCCGAAUAAUACUGUCCAACAUUCUUCCCUCCUCUGGGAAGACUCUCGUAUUGCACGUGUAUUAUGGACAGAAUCUGAGUGGAGGUCUGCGAUCACGUGUUGAUCGCCGCGGCAACUGCACUGAUGUUGAUCCUCAAGAUCUCGUUUCGUGCCGCAAAUUCAUCAUUAGCGAUGUUCUGACUAUUAUCCAGGACUUGUUUCUCUAUAGCAGACUGGCUGUGAUAGAAGUCAAAUGGCCAGUUUCUGUUCGAAUAUUUUCCAAAAUCUGUUUUAGUAUCGACUUGUAUCAACUUAGUAUCAACUCAAUGAAGUAUAAUUUAAUAGAAAAUACGUCGGUACUCUACUGAAUGUACAGCGUGUCAUUACAGCCCCUUUUGUCGAAGACGCGAGGGACAGCAACCCCCGACUAUAAGCCAAAAGACUGAGAAUUUCUUAUGAGACUGACUUAUUUCAUUUGAUUUAUUACUUCACCAUACACUGAUACAUGUCGGCAUGAACAUAAUCGAUUUACAACAGACGCACAAAAUAAAAGUACAAGAUACAACAGCAAUGAUUAAUUAUGAAUUUACAGUCUACAUAACUCCGAUCGCAAAAUCUAGACAGCAUCAUUUACGUUCGUAUCAUAUUCCUUGCUACGUUACUACAGUAACUUGAUAAACUGUAUAAUUUCAGCGCGAAAAGAUCUUCGGUAAUACAUGCUUGCCGAUACACUGCGAGAUUCACACAGAUGCUAACUGUGCCCGCAGCAGUAAUAGCAUAUAAAAAAUUAAACGUGCAUGCGAGAUACGAAGAAAGCUUUCGAACUACAUAUUAUUAUCGAAUAUAUACGUAAAAGGGUGGUAUGAACACGGCUACACCACAUCCCGUAGAAUCCUAUUCAAUAUUAAAACUUCCAUGAAUUCGUUUAUCACAAACCGUUGUACUGCUGGAUGGAACGCAGUGCACGGUGAUCCACGAACCGCGAAGGGUCAACCGGACUGUUACGACUUCAUUUCGCCUCAU